AUGAUCUCACAAUCCUCUUCUUCUACAACCAAAGAUUACGGACAACCCGUGCAACACGAAGAAACAUCAUGUGGUUUAUUACUAUUCCGAAGAUGUCCUUCAAAUCAACUUCUUCGUGAUGAUGAUGCUACAAAUACGAGUUCAAUUCAAUAUGAGUUUUUGCUCAUGAAACAUUCUCAUCGGCUGGAUCUUCCCAAAGGUAGAAUGGAACCAGGAGAAACCUAUCUUCAAACGGCAAAACGAGAAUUCUCAGAGGAAACAGGUCUAGAUCUAAAUAUCAUUAAGAUUCAUCCCGAUUUUGAAUUUGUCGAGUGCUAUUCUUACUUUUCUCAUCGAAAGAAGUGUCAAGUUGGUAAAACGCUCCGAAUGUAUUUGGCCUUUGUUAAGGAAGAUGUUGCCAGUCGAGCCUUGAAAGUGAAACCUACGGAACAUGGAGAUUUCAAAUGGCAUGCAUUUGAAGAGACGAAGGAGAUUUCCAUUCAAAAGAAUACGAUUGAUCCAUUAUUGAGGGCGGUUCAACAGUAUUUGAAAGAUCAUUUGUGUGGAAUGAAAGAUUUGAAUGAACAAUCGUUGUGA